CCACGCAAGCGCUCGGCAUUAAUAAAGCAACUUACCAACCAUUCGUCGCUGACAGUACGGAAUGCUGAAUAUUCCACCAACUGUUUUUUGAUUAGUUUCGUUCGCUUUGUUUGCUACUCGUCCGUUGCUUAUUACCUUGUAUCAUGGCCGCUACGAUUACCGUUCCUGAAGGAUGGGCCUGGGUCGCCGCCGCUCUGCUAUCUGCUCAGUUUUUGCUCUCGGGUCAGGCAUUCAUUGUAGGCCGACGUCGCCAGACAGCUGGCAUCGAGUAUCCUCAGCUGUAUGCUGAGAAGGCCCAAGUGGAGGCCUCCAAGGAUGCCAAGAUAUUCAACUGUGCUCAGCGUGCUCAUCAAAACACGCUGGAAUUUAUUCCUGUGGUUUAUUCAAGCACGCUCUUGACCGCUGUGUGCUACCCGAAUUUUGCCGCCGCUGCCUGUGGUACUUGGGUGUUUGGCCGUAUCCUUUACACUCGGGGCUAUAUAACUGGGGACCCUGCGAAGCGCAAUUCCCAGGGAGGUUUUAUCGGAUCCAUUGCGCAAAUAGGUCUCUUGAUUGGGUCUAUCACUAGCGUAUUCAAGUUGAUGCAGGCUUCCCUUUAAAAUGGACAUGAGGGGGUUGUAUAUUUGUGUCUGUCUAUAAUACAAUGGAAAAUGGCAGUGCUUUCGAAUUUGUGG